CACAUCAAACAAUACGGAACGAUGAAGUAUGUCAAAAUGAAACUGAAUAUGUUAUUUUUCCUUGCAUUUAUACCUCAGCAAUAUCUGUCAGAGGCAUCUAUUACCGAAACGAAUUUUAAGAAAAUACACAAUGAUGGCGACUCAUUGUCAGCUGAUGUUAUGAUAUCCAGUCACAUCGUUAAUUCCGUAGUUGAUUGCUCAUUGAAAUGUCUUCAACAAACAAAAUGCGUGGGAUACAAUUACAGGCAAUUAAUAAAAAAGAAUGAAAUUAAUUGUCAACUGAGCAACAAAACUGGAGAGACUGACGUUAAAAAAGCGGGAAAUAGAGACUGCAAUUGGAUGUUCUUCCAAGAUAUAGAAGAUCGUCAUAAUAACCUGGACCAGAAGAAAUGGACUCUCAUUGCGCGCUUCUCGAGCAGUGACUCUAAACUUUGGAUUAAGGAUGGUUCCUUCUGGUAUGAUAGAGUCACUCCGUAUGGAAAUGUUAAUGAUCCAAUGCACAAUUUAACUAUGAUUUCGACCGCUUUCUGGGAGUUGAAAGGACAUGAAAUGAAAAUUACAAGAAGUGAUGAUUCAAGUCAUGCGGCGUUAUUACAGACCACUUCAAAUUGCCUCGAAGGUAUGACAUUCCGGUCAAAAAUUACAAGUUAUGGAGAUUUUCGUAAUGGCACAGCCUGGGCAAGUGACAAGUGCCUAGGGAGUUGUCCAGUUAUUUACGGCGGUCAGUACAGAACAACGGCUGGUUUUGGAGAGUACAACUGCAGUGAUACUUUGCAGAACAGCAGCUACAUUGGAUUUUGGUGUGAUUGGAGUUCAGGUGAUGGUGCUAUAAUGAUGAAUGGUGGAGGAGGAAGUGGUUGUAAUAGAGCAGAUCAUGGUAUUGGAAUAACUGAGGAAAAUGAAGCAAAGUUUGGCGCGUAUUGGGGUUAUAAUUUUGGAGACGACGCUAUUCGUUUCUCACCUACAACAUAUGCGCUUAAUCUUUGGGUUUGUUGAAAUUUCUCUUCCUGUAAUUAUUUAAAAUUGUCUUAAAUAGGAUAGACUUGUUAGCUGGUUUCGGCGCACUGUGUCGAUAAAGUAAU